AUGUCCUUUCCUAUGGCUGGAACAAGGGCCCUUUUGAUGCUGGAAAAUUUCAUAGAUGGGAAAUUUUUACCUUGUAGCUCAUACCUAGAUUCCUACGAUCCCUCUACAGGGGAAGUGUACUGCCGAGUGCCGAACAGUGGAAAGGAAGAGAUCGAAGCCGCGGUGGAGGCCGCCAGAGCAGCUUUUCCGGGCUGGUCCUCCCGGAGCCCCCAGGAGCGCUCGCAGGUGCUGCAGCGGCUGGCGGAUUUGCUGGAACAGUCCCUGGAGGAGCUGGCCCAGGCUGAAUCCAGGGACCAAGGGAAAACCCUAACCCUGGCGAGAACCAUGGACAUUCCCCGGUCUGUACAGAACUUCCGGUUCUUCGCUUCCUCCAUCCUGCACCACACGUCCGAGUGCACACAGAUGGACCACCUGGGCUGUCUCCACUACACGGUUCGGACCCCUGUGGGCAUCGCUGGUCUGAUCAGUCCCUGGAAUCUGCCCCUCUACUUGCUGACCUGGAAGCUGGCUCCAGCGAUCGCUGCUGGCAACACUGUGAUAGCCAAGCCCAGUGAGCUGACUUCUGUGACCGCGUGGAUGAUGUGCAAACUCCUGGAGAAAGCAGGUGUUCCACCAGGUGUUGUAAAUAUUGUGUUUGGAACGGGACCCAGGGUAGGCGAGGCGCUGGUGUCCCACCCAGAGGUGCCCCUCAUCUCCUUCACUGGGAGCCAGCCCACGGCCGAGCGGAUCACACAGCUGAGUGCUCCCCACUGCAAGAAGCUCUCUCUGGAGCUGGGGGGCAAGAAUCCUGCCAUCAUCUUUGAAGAUGCCAACCUGGAGGAGUGUGUUCCGACCACAGUCAGGUCCAGCUUUGCCAACCAGGGUGAAAUUUGCCUCUGCACCAGCAGGAUCUUUGUCCAGAAGAGCAUCUAUAGUGAAUUUUUAAAGAGGUUUGUAGAAGCUACCAGAAUGUGGAAAGUUGGCAUUCCCUCUGACCCAUCAGCCGACCUGGGAGCUCUGAUCAGUAAAGCUCAUUUGGAGAAAGUCAGAAGUUACAUCAAGAAAGCUCGCAUGGAAGGGGCCCAAAUUCUGUGCGGUGAGGGAGUGGAUAAGUUAAACCUCCCCCUCAGGAAUCGAGCAGGGUACUUCAUGCUUCCCACGGUGAUAACAGACAUUAAGGACGAGUCCUGCUGCAUGAAGGAAGAGAUAUUUGGUCCGGUGACGUGUGUCGUCCCCUUUGAUAGUGAAGAGGAAGUGAUUCAAAGAGCCAACAGUGUUAAAUAUGGACUGGCCGCCACGGUGUGGUCAGGCAACGUGGGGCGUGUCCACCGGGUGGCCAAGAAGUUACAGUCAGGCUUGGUCUGGACCAACUGCUGGCUCAUCAGAGAGCUGAACCUGCCUUUCGGGGGGAUGAAGAGUUCUGGUGUGGGUAGAGAAGGAGUCAAGGACUCUUAUGAAUUCUUCACUGAAAUCAAAACCAUCACCAUUAAACACUGA